AUGGAUUUGGAUCAAAAAUCGACAACAACUUCAAGAGAAGAAGGAUCUCUUGAAGAUUAUGAAAUAACUGGAUUAAGAUCGAAACGAUUAGUUGCUAUGAUUGUAUGUUUGAUUAUUUUAUUUAUUCUAACAACACUGAUUUUAAUUGUAAGUUUUUGAAUAUAGUUAUUUGAAAUUUUUAUAAUUUUGAUAAAUAAUUUUCAGCUAAAUAUAAUGAUAAUUACAACACUUCGAAUGGAUCCAACAGGAAUCAAAUUUCUUCGAUUUCAUCAAAAUUAUAAUAAACAAAAUGGAAAAUAUGAGAAAGUGAGAUAUAAUUAAUAUUUAGAUACAAAAUAUAAUCAUAACUUUCAGACAGUUGAAAUGGCUGGUGAUAAAAUCCAAUUUGAUAAUGUUGUCACAAGCAAAGUUUUUGGAUUUCCUGAAAAAAAUAUUGAUGUGUCAGCUCCGCGAAUUCUUGUUUCAGCAAAGAAAAAUGGGAGUUUUUUGGAAAUGACUGAAAAAUAUUGUAGAAUCAAAAAUGUGAAUAACUUUCAAGUUCUUUCGCGCGGCGAUAAAAAUCGAACAAUUUUCUCGGCUCGACAUCCAACAUUUAUGAUUGAUAAGAAAAUCAAGCAAAUUUCGGCAGAAAAAAUAAUCACCGAUAAAAUUCGAUCUGCGAUUGAUGAGGAUUUGAAAAUUGAUGGAAAAGAUGUUGUGGUUCAUGGUGAUCAACAAGUUCGAAUUGAUGCUAGAAAUAUAUCAUUUGAUGCUUUGACAAGAAUUGCAUUCAAUGUUACGGUAAAUGAAAAAUGAAAAAUACCUAUACUGUGAUAUUUUUGGUUUUAACGUUUCAAUUCUCUACAAAAACCAAGGGGAAAACUGUUUACUUCAUCUUAGUUCUGACAGGAUUAAUGUUUUUCAACAAUGCCAAAAAUUGUUGUCAAACUUUUGUUCUGAAUCGUUCUAGUUCUAACGUUUUGUUCCCUAAAUUCUGUAAUAAAAAACUGACGCCAAGUUUUAUAAUUAGAUCAUGCAAAUCCGAAAAAAAAACUUUGGUAAAGUUACAGUACAGAAACAAAUUUUCCACAUCAUAUGUUUUUUUUCCAGGGUGAAAUGCGUCUUCGCGGAAAAAUUCGAUUUGGUGAUGGAAGUUCAGAUCGACUCUCCCUUCCAUUUUCAACAACUCCACUAAUUAGCGCAAGUAGUGCAGAAUUACGUCUCUGUGCUUGUGCUCAAAACCAUCACAAACUCUUCGUGGUGCCAGCCAACAAACAUUGUAAUGUUAUUCGUUUUUGUGAUCUCCAUUAA